AUGCCGUUAAUUUUCCCCAGGCGGCACCGUCACUAUAAGCUCACCCUUUGGUUGAUGGUAGCUGAGCUUCCGAUUACAGUCGUAAUCCUGACUCUGACGGGUAUUGCUUCACACAAUACUUAUCGGACGUUGCUAUGGCAAGAUGGUGCGGACAAUGGGUUCAACAGUGCGCCUAAUGCGGCGCUGUACGCUGCUGCCAAUUACCGACCAUACACGGCUCCCUUGGUUUGGUCCUCAUUUAUGACCAAUUAUAACCUGGUCAUCGGAGUGCUCAGCGUCUUCAUGUUGAUCGUCAAGUUCCCCGUUCACUGCAUGCAUCUAUUCUUCCCUCCUCUCGGAGCCUUCAUCCAUGGUGCCAUCAUGGUGCUUUACAUUGUUUCCGCUCGUUACCAGGCAGGCAGUGACAUGUCAGACUCGAAGCGCCCCCAACCGGGACCACCUUGGUAUAUCACGAAGAACUGCAAUGUUGCUGCACACAAGUCAAACAUUGGAUACUGUGAACAAGCAAAAUCGCUGUUCGCGGUCUCAAUCGUUUUAAUUUUCCUCUACUUUGUGGAAUUCGUCGUCAUCGUCCACUCUUGCUUCAUCACCAAGGAAGAACGUGAGGAUGUCCUGGAGCAAAGAGAGGAAAAGCGCAUCGAGAAGGAGUUCGAGGAGGAAAUCAUGAAAUCACCCAGUAUGAUUCCCAUGACACCUGGCUUUGUCGGCCAAGAUCACGGCAUGAUCCCCCGAACUCCCGGAUACCCACCGAUGGUCGCCACAAGCCCCGUAACCCAUGGAGGAAUACUCCAUGCACCAUUUACUCCCCGGACCACGGCACGUACACCUGGCUUCAAUAGACUCGGUGGUGCAAGUCCUUCUUCAGACCUUCCGUUGCGGGACCAUAUGAACACACCUACGCUCCAGAUACAAACUCAACCAGUCCCGACGGCAGAGCCACAGACAGGGCCAGGGUCUGGAUCAGCGAUGUACUUCCCACCUCCCCCUAAGAAGGCAUCCAAGAAAUAA